GCUUAAGAUAAAUGUCAUAAUUAUUCCAACAACUCCGCUGGCAAUCACUUUCCGAUCAUCUGAUUUAUUUCGCUUAAUUCGCCCGAUUCAUGCUGCAUAGGACGUAAAUUGUGUGUGUGUAUACAACCAUGUAUUUGAUUCGUAAUCCGUAGAUGCGAUUAUCUAAUCAAACAGGUGGUCAUUUCCAAAAUGGCCGCCGACCUACAUUCUACGUCACGCUACGCUCUCUCUGUAGCGCGCCCGUCCCACGUUGCAGCCAAUGGCUGGAGCUGAAGUUGACUUUGGUAGGUGAAAGAGCAAAUUGUCACCGGCACUGGAGGAGACACACACGUGACCCGAAGUUGUGCGAUUUUUUUUGUACUUGGCAUCGGAGCGAUUGUUGGAAUGUGAAUUGUGCUCUAACAGUCGCGGGAAAGGAUCAGAUUCCGAGGGAGCAGAGAAACGAGUGGAUCUUAGGGCAGUUCAGGUGUGUUGAACAUUAUCAGAUGAAACACGUGGAGCUGCUGCUGAUUUAUUGAUCCAAAAUGUGGAGCUGCUGAUGUAUGUGCCUAGAUUCAGCAAAGCCUGAAUAUGGAAGAUCAGAAGCCUAAUAGACCAGUUAUGUUUAUACAGAGGUUUGUGUGGACAGAUUUAACAUUAUCCAAUGCUACAGAAGCUUAUUCAUUUCAUUAGGAUGGUUCUACAACAAAUCACAAAUAAUAUGGAAUCGGCACUUUGGUCAGGAAAACCCUAUGGCUCCUCCCGCAGUAUUGUACGGAAAAUUGGUUCAAACCUUUCUCUCAUUCAGUCGCCACGAGUUCAUUUCCAGCUUAUUCCCUACCCGGUGGAAAUAAAUGCUCAGAGUGGAAACACUAUAGUGUCAUUUGCGGAUGUUGGCUGGGUUGCAAAGGAUGAAGGGGAAGCAUUCGCUAGGCUGCGUUCAGAAAUCCGUCCCAACCAGAACACACUUGUCUCACCUGAGCCUGUCUCUAUGGAGCAGCCGCUCAUCAGACAGACUUCUUUACCUGUGCUGGAGGAGGAGGAGGCUAAAGCUCAAAAUGUGGCCAAUGAAGAGGCAAUGCAAAAGAUCAGUGUCCUCGAGAGUGAACUUGCCAGUUUGAGAGCCCAGAUAGCAAAGAUUGUAACCUUCCAAGAACAGCAAAACUUAACAGGUUCCUUUACAAGUACAGACAGCGGCAGCCUUUCCAUUUCUCCUCUAUCUGCUCCUCCACUCCCACCACCACCACCUCCUCCACCCCCUCCUCCAGGGCUCCAGAAAAGUGUCUCAACCAUUGACCUUAUUAAGGAGCGAAAGGGUAAAAAGUCGAUCACAGACACGUCUCUCACAGACAGCGCAUCAAAGAAGCCUGAAAUGCCCAGUAUGUUGGAUGUCCUCAAAGACAUGAACAGGGUGAAACUGCGUUCUGUGAAAAGGAGUCCAGAAGAAGAAAAACACAAGCCAAGUGACCCAGCUGACCCAGCUACACUAAUCGCAGAAGCAUUAAAAAAGAAGUUUGCUUACAGAUACCGAAAUGACAGUGAAUCUGAGAGGAGCGUCCCCAAAGCAGAACACCAGCAUGCCUCUCCGAUGCCUCUGUUUGGACCUCAUAUGCUGAAAUCUACAGGGAAGAUGAAGACCCUCGUUGAAGCAUCACAUUCUUGAGAGAGAAAAAGAGAUGUUUUUUUAUCUUCUAUAAAAUGUUCGUCCAGCAAAAC